AUAGAUUGAGUCAAGUCACAAGACUGUCUUCUGCAAAAAUAUUUUGCAUCUGCUUUCAUGCCUGUUUGCUCUAGUACUCACAAUUGUCUGCCUGAAAGAUAUUUAAAAAAAAACAGGCAUUUGUAAACAUAACUAUUUCUUUAAAGAGGAAUCUAUGCUACUUCAGCUUUGCUAAACUUCCUUUAUGAGAUGUCAACGACAUCCUUGGGUCAGCUACAAUUAUGCAUUUUUUGUAAUGGUAUUCAAAAGAAGACAAGAAGAAUCAUAGAGAAUCUGACAUUAAAAACCAUUAAGAUGGAAACAUGUAACUAAAGUAGGUUUUUAACAAUGAUCUGGACGUAACAGAAAAAAAAAUCUUCAAAAAGUGCAAUUUGUUUAAAUGCUGGAUUGAAAGCAGGUAGAAUCUGCAUGGCUUUUGCAAAGGUGUGCUCCUUUCAAGGUAUCUGAGAUGUCAGAUGAAAGUAUAACCAUGGACGCUCUAGACUGGGCUUAUUAUAUGAUAGAAUCUUUCAUUGUACUACUGUCAGUCCUGGGCAACACCAUCGUGGUCUUUGCUAUUAAGAAGAACCCAGCUCUGCGGGAUACGACAUUCUGUUUCAUCGUUUCUCUUGCAAUGGCUGACAUUGCUGUUGGAGUACUAGUUAUUCCCCUGGCUAUUACCAUUAAUGUGGGAUUAGAAACCCAGUUCUACACCUGUCUCUUCAUAGCUUGUGUUCUGCUAAUCCUUACCCAGAGUUCUGUGCUGUCACUGCUGGCAAUUGCCAUAGACAGGUAUCUAAGAGUAAAGAUACCUAUCAGGUAUAAGAUGGUUGUCACUCAGAGACGAGCAUGGAUUGCAGUAGGCAUCUGUUGGGUCAUUUCUAUCUUCAUGGGAAUAGUACCAAUGUUCGGCUGGCACAACGAACAAUGCCCACAGACACAGCAAUCGAAUUCAACUUGUAAAGAUUCUAUUACUUGUUUGUUUAUUUCUGUCAUGAGGAUGGACUUCAUGGUUUACUUCAAUUUUAUGGGAUGGAUUCUUCUUCCUUUGAUGCUCAUGUUUGCAUUAUAUGUUCAAAUAUUUAACCUAAUCCGAAAGCAGAUGAAGCAGUCAACAGAAAAGAACCUGCAGUCGGGUACGUACUAUGGGAAGGAGCUAAGUCUAGCAAAAUCCCUGGCACUUGUAUUGCUUCUCUUUGCUCUCUGCUGGCUGCCAAUACAUAUUAUGAACUCUGUUGCCUUUUUUUGUCCCAGCUGCAAACUAUCCAAACUUGUGUUCUAUAUUGGAAUAGUCUUGUCACAUUUAAACUCAGCAGUCAAUCCCAUAGUAUAUGCUUUCAGGAUAAAGAAACUACAAGAAGAACUUCAUAAAAUUUGGACUUCUUAUAUUUGUGGCAAGACUAAUGAAACAAUCAAGAAUAACAUUGAUCCAAUGACUGUCUUAGAGGUGGAGAACAGUGUAUUCACAGAAAAAAGGACUCGAUGGUAUUCAGCCCAGUUUUCAGAUUUUGCAAGCAAUGAUUACAUAUGACAGCACAUAUCCCUUAUGUGAACAUUUUCUAUCAGUGGCCCAGUUGCUAAGAACAGAUCAUACUGUACAUUCCUGUUCUGUGAUCCUUUUGUUAGGUUCUAGGAAAGAAGCAGUUUAUUUCAGGAUUUGUAUAGUACUGCCACAGUGCAUGCCAAGAGAAACACAAAGUAUAGUGGCACAAAUAAAGUGAUGUUCUAUUCCCAAAUUAACACAAUACACAUUUCAUUUAAUAUUACUGUGCUUAGAAAAUAGGCUUCAUGUAAACUGUAAAUGAAAGAAAUACACAUGCGU